AUGUGGCCUCGGUUAGUAGCUAACAAAGUCCUGAAGAAGAGACUGGGAAGCAACAAUUUUGUGGCAGAUUUUCCGAUCAGCAUUAACUCAUCAUCAUCAUCAUCAUCAGCCGAGUCAACGACGUCGUCUUUGCCGGAAAACACUCCUAGCUUUGAUGAUCAUCACACAUCUUUAACUCUUAACACCACAAUCUUCAAUCAGCACAAGCUCAACGUCCAUAACUACAAGUUCUUUACUAGUACAUGGAACGUGGGUGGGGUGGAACCACAUGAGGAUUUGAAUUUGGAGGAUUGGAUAGACCCGUCUUGUGACAUCUAUGUUUUUGGGUUUCAAGAAAUUGUGCCUCUAAAAGCAUCAAACGUUCUAGGAUAUUCAGAGAGCAGUAGAAUUGCAAGGAAAUGGAACAGUUUGAUCAGAGAAGCAUUGAACAAGAAAAGCAGUAAUAGCUUUGACCAAAAGAGCUUCCAGUGUAUCAUAAGUAAACAGAUGGUUGGGAUUUUGGUGUCUGUUUGGGUCAGAACAAGUCUUGGUCCAUUUAUUAAGCACCAGAGUGUCUCAUGCGUAGGCUGCGGCAUCAUGGGCUGCCUAGGAAAUAAGGGUGCAGUGUCAGUGAGAUUUCAGAUACACGAAACGAGCUUAUGCAUUGUGUGUAGUCAUCUGGCUUCUGGGGGCAGACAAGGAGAUGAGAAAUAUAGAAACUCUAACGUGACAGAAGUUCUAUCAAGAACAACUUUUCCCAGAGGUGCUUUGCUUGAUUUGCCUCAGAAGAUUCUGGACCACGAUCGGGUAAUAUGGCUUGGAGAUUUGAAUUAUAGAAUUUCUUUGCCUGAAGCAAGGACCCGUUUGUUAGUGGAUAAAGGGAAUUGGUCGGCCUUGCUAGAAAAUGAUCAGCUGAGAAGAGAACUCAUGGAUGGCCAAGUAUUUGAAGGGUGGCAUGAAGGAGCUAUAAAAUUUGCUCCCACUUACAAAUAUUGUGUCAAUUCUGAUGCAUAUUUUGGAAUUGUUAAUGGCACUAAAGGUGAAAAGAAACGAGCCCCAGCAUGGUGUGAUCGUAUAAUUUGGUAUGGAGAGGGAUUAAAGCAACAUUUUUACAGUAGAGGAGAAUCAAAGUUGUCAGAUCAUAAGCCUGUCAAGGCAUUGUUUUCAGCAGAAGUGUGCGUUUUGAAAACACUUGGAGCAAUCCGUGGUUUCUUUCUAUCAGAAAGGUUUGAACAAAUUAACAGGAAUAUUGAUCAUCACCAUCAUCAUCGUCGUCAUCAUGAUAUAUCUUCCGACGAUGAUCAUUUUAUAUGUAAUGAAAAAAUAAGUUUGUGUCAAACCUGA